AUGGGUGCAACCCCGUUUCAUCAUUCCAUCCUCGAGGUCUGGCUACCAAAGCACUUUGAUAAGCCGACAGACAUGAGGUACGACGGAACCCAAGACCCACAGAAGCACCUUACGGCCUUCGAGGCCAGAAUGAACCUGGAGGGAGUAGGCGAUGAAGUGAGGUGUCGCGCUUUCUCGGUCACUCUGGCGGGACCUGCAAUACGGUGGUUUAACAGCCUCCCGCAGGGAUCUGUUGCCAGGCCCGGCGAGCCGACCAGAAAAUAUCUGGACCGGUUCAACGACGAGUGUUUGGAGAUUGACGGGCUAACUAAUUCGGUGGCCAGUCUGUGUUUGACGAACGGACUUCUGAAUGAGGAUUUCAGGAAGCAUAUCACUAUGAAGCCGGUAUGCAUGAUGCAAGAGAUCCAAAGCGUGGCUAGGGAACAUAUCAACGAUGAAGAAGUCAGCCAAGUCGUGGCAGCCAACAAGCGGCAGCCCGCCUACAAUCAACCUCGGCAGCACGGUGGAGGGGAAAGGCUGAAGGAGCACGCCAGAGACGGCGGGCCAGGCAAGACAUCCAGGCCGUUUCCCCGAGUCAGGAAAUUCACCAACUACACCCCUCUCACCGUCGCCAUCGUAGAAGUUUAUCAGCAGAUAGCUGAGAAAGGAAUUCUGUCAAAGCUCCGACCUCUAAAGGACAGAACCGGGGGGAACAAAAGCCUCUAUUGUGAUUAUCAUAAGGGCUAUGGGCACAAAACACAUGAUUGCUUCGACCUCAAGGACGCACUAGAACAAGCGAUCCGGGACGGAAAGCUGGCCGAAUUCUCCCGCUUUAUCAGGGAGCAGAGAAGACGAGAUCGCGGUCGCGAGGGAGAGGACAAGACCCGCACGGUGAAGCGGCGUCAAGAGCCAGAGGACAACGAACACGGCCUUACCAUAGUAAACGUGGUAACAGCAAGAGACGCGGCUCCAAGGUCGAGAUCGGCACAUAAGAAGGACGCCAAAGUCCUGGCAGUCUCCUCGUCUCCAGCGCGAAGCUCCAAGAGGGUCCCGCCUAUCUCGUUCGGUCCGGAGGACCAAUGGUUCGAAGAGGUCGCGGAAAAUCCUCCUAUGGUCAUCAUGGCCAGAGUGGGAACCGGCCUCAUCAAGUGGAUCCUCGUAGACACCGGGGCUGACUCGAAUAUCAUGUUCCGCAACGUGUUUGAUGCCUUGGGUCUCUGGGAUGCCGACUUAAGGACUCACCAACACAGUGUAGUGGGCUUGGGCGACCACUUUAUCAAGCGAGACAGGAUAAUAUCCCUACCGGUAUCCGUAGGACUAGGACGGGGAAGAAGGUCGGUAAUGGCUGAGUUCGUGGUCCUACGAGACUCCACGGCCUACAACGUCAUCCUAGGAAGAAAGACUAUCAACGACCUUGGGGCAGUGAUCAGUACAAAGAUGUUGGUAAUGAAGUUCAUCGCUGAUGACGGAUCCGUGGGAUCCAUAAAAGGAGACUUGGAAACGACAGUUGCUUGCGACAAUGCCAGUCUCUCCUUAAGAAAGAAAUCUAAAGAAGCAUCGGGAGUGUUCCUCGCCGACCUGGACGCUAGAGUCAACGACAAGCCCAGACUCGAACCGGAGGGAAACUUAGAAAGGUUCAGGGUUGGUGACACAGAGGAGAAGUUCACCUUCGUGAACAGAAACCUCCCGCACAAAUUGAAGGAACCUCUAAUGGAAAUGAUCAGGGCUAACGGCGACCUUUUUGCUUGGACGCCAGCUGACAUGCCGGGGAUAGACCCCCAGCUCAUGUCACAUCACUUGGACGUCAAGGCGGAGGCCAAACCGGUGGCCCAAAGGAGAAGAAAAAUGUCACAAGAAAGAGCAGAGGAGGUGGCCAGGCAGACGGCCAGCCUCCUCGAAGCGGGAUUUAUCCGGGAACUCGACUACUCGACCUAG